CUGGCUGGCUACAACUAGGCUGGAAAGAUUGUUGGUGACUCAAGGAAGAAAGUGGCGUUUUCAGCAGCAGCUGAAACUCCCAAAUGUCGGUAACAUUGCAUACGAAUCUUGGAGAGAUUAAAUGUGAAAUCUUCUGUGAUGAGGUGCCCAAGACAGCAGAGAACUUCUUGGCGUUGUGCGCAAGCGGAUAUUACGAUGGAACAAUAUUUCACAGAAAUAUAAAGGGGUUUAUGAUUCAAGGGGGAGAUCCAACAGGCACAGGCCGUGGUGGAACGAGCAUCUGGGGUAGGAAGUUCCCUGAUGAGAUUCGAGAGACCUUGAAGCAUAAUGCAAGGGGAAUAAUGUCGAUGGCCAAUAGUGGGCCAAAUACGUCUGGAAGUCAGUUCUUCAUGACAUAUGCCAAGCAACCUCACCUCAAUGGUUUGCAUACUAUUUUUGGAAGGGUAAUACACGGCUUUGAAGUGUUGGACAUGAUGGAGAAGAUCGUUGUUGGAAUAUUUUUGAGAAAAGGCAAUAUGACAAAUGGAGUCUGAAAAUUCAUUUACGGAUUGACAAAUUAUUAAAUUAAUAAAUUUAUAAUUUAUAAUAAAAUAAAACCUGGCUA